GGAAUGGUGGUGGGGAAGGGGAUCAGGUCCAGCAGUUCUUCUCUCCCUCUGAGGACUGGACCAAGACAGAUGGACUGGAGGGAGGGCUCUUCCUCUUAAGGAUAGGCACGAUGGUGCAGGGCAUGUCUUUUCACUUCCUCCCAGGCCAGAUGGUGUCAGAUGCCUUACCCCAUCAUUGGACUCCUUUUUCAAAAGUGGUGAGGCCUUCAGUACCAGAGGGAAGGACAGUCCUUCUCAUUUGACUAAUGCAUUUAAUGUGACCCAGGUUUUGAAUUUUCUAUUUUCAGAACCCUAUUUUCCAUUAUGAAAUUGAGGGGGGGGGGGUUGUACUAGCAGUACCCAGCAACUAUUUUCUUCUUUUUCUCGGUAAUGGUGAUCUGUGACAAAGAGGACUGCCUACAUGCUCUUGGGUUUGGCAAACUUGGCUUAAUUAAGUUGUUUUGCUUUUAGAUGCCAGCAAUCAUCUGGAAAAUGAGCGAGAAGUGUGGAUAUGAGUUUCAUCUUUGGUGACAUUAUUCCAUAAAAGAGAGCCUUGAAGGCAGUGGUUUGACCAGAAUCAUGUUGUGUCUCCAGCUGGAACGGACCACACGACAGCGCUGGCAGAAAGUGUUAUACAAGAGGCAGCCUUUUCCUGAUAACUAUGUGGACCAAAGCUUUUUAGAGAAGUUACGUAAAAAUAUCCAUGCACGUAAAUACCAGUACUGGGCCGUGGUAUUCGAAUCUGGAGUGGUGAUACAACAGCUGUGCAGUGUCUGUGUCUUUGUUGUCAUCUGGUGGUACAUGGAUGUGGGACUGCUGGCUCCUCAAUGGUUAUUUGGGGCUGGGUUGAUCUCUUCGCUAAUUGGUUAUGUCUGCUUUGAUGCAGUUGACUCAGGAAUAGGGAGAAGUCAGAGUGGCCGGACAAGGUGGGCUGAUCUGAAGAAUGCUGUGGUAUUUGUGGCUUUCACCUAUGGCUUCUCUCCAGUAUUGAAGACUUUAACAGAAUCCAUCAGCACAGACACAAUUUAUGCUAUGUCUGUCCUCAUGCUGUUAGGACACUUGAUCUUCUUCGACUAUGGAGCCAAUGCUGCCAUUGUGUCCAGUACACUCUCUCUCAACAUGGCCAUCUUUGCCUCAGUGUGUUUGGCCUCACGGUUGCCUCGUUCCUUACAUGCCUUUGUCAUGGUGACAUUUGCUAUCCAGAUAUUUGCCCUGUGGCCUAUGCUACAAAAGAAGCUCAAAGCCCAGACUCCCCACUGCUAUGUGGUAGUUACCUUGCUUUUUGCUAUGUCUGCCUUGGUGGGUCUGCUGACCAUUUCCAGUGUUGGUACUGUUCUUUUUGCCCUCCUCUUGGUCUCAGUCUCAUGUCUGUGUCCUUAUUGCCUCAUUAGGCUGCAGCUGUUUAAAGAUAACAUUCAUGGGCCUUGGGAUGAAGCUGAAAUCAAGGAAGAUCUGUCCAAAUUCCUUAUGUAGACCAGUGAAUCAAGCCAGUACUGUAUAUUUUUAGUUACAUUCUUGAUGAUCAUGUUCAUAUUGUAGCAUAAGUUGAUUCAUUUUGGUUAUAGUUCUGACCACUAAAGGUUCAAUAACUCUUUUGACACUCAGAACCCGUCUAUUCAUCUGGGCCUCUUAGUUUUAAAUUAUGUUAGUUUAAUUUUUGGAUGCUGUCAGUUCUGUUUUGCUUUUUAGUUUUAUGAUACUUUUCAUUUUUUAAUUUUAGUUUUGAUUCAUGCUUAUUUAAAGAAAACGGCAGAGAAUUUUAGAUUCUGCAAUUACAAAAAUAUCAGUAAAUAAAAUUUAUUUCUGGUUCACAUAAAAACAGAAAUAUAAGUUACAUUAUUUAUAAUUAUUAUUUGCAGAGUGGAAUGGUGGAAGAUUAUAUGUGUUAAAACUGCAACUUUAUGCCAUCAAUAGGUAAGAGAAACCUAAAAAUAAAUUCAUUCAGUCUGCA